AUGCACCACCUCGACCUUGUCCCUCUUCGGGCCGCCGCUGGCCUCGUCGGAGUCGGACUCGUCGUCGGACGACGCGUAUUCGCCACUCGCGCACGCGCCCCCCGCGUCGGGCUCCCGGUUCACCGCGUGCGCGUGGCCGCCGAAGAACUGCUCCACGAACAGGAUCAGAAAGAAGCCCGCGAACAAAAGCAUGCUGAGAGCGGCAACAUCGGCGGCUCCUCGUCUCCGUGCAACCUCCUGGCCGGGUCCGCCGGGGCCGUCUCGUUGCCCGCAGGCUCCCCCUCGCCGCCGCCGGCGAAGAGGGCCCCGAGAGACAGGCUCCAGUCGUCCAGCCCCUCCGAGGCCUCGCCCAGCAUGUGUCGGCAACCGACACGACGACGCCCCCCGCGACCGCGUUCGCCAGGUCCAUCCACUUGGGCGACAA